GUGUGUUAUUGUUCUGUACUUUGACAGUCAAUUUAAAUUAAAAAAAUGAUCAAAACAGAUAUUUUUUAUAACCAUUAAAACGAUCAUAGAUAGCUUUUCAAUAAAGAUUAUCACACUGUAUCACAACACAUGAAAUUUGAAAUAAGCUAAUAUUAGAAAUACAUCAUGAUAUAAUUAAACCGUAUGAUUUGUAACAACAAUUUGUAACAACAAUUUUACUGGAGGAAUAAUAGUGGAAUUAAUCUAAAAUGAGUUCUAUUAAUUUGAAUGUAUCAAAUGCAGAACAAAUUCUUUUAUUGUUAGAGGAAUUGUGUUAUCUUUCUUAUCCUCAAGUGCAACAAAAGUUAAACAAAUAUAUACAAACUGCAACAAAUACGAAAUUAUCUUUUCUGAUACCAAUUUUAGUCAAAACAGAGGAAAUGGUAAUCCAUGUUAUAGGAGAAAAAAUUUUAGAUAGAGAAUUAAGAUUUCCUAUAUCAAAUAAUGUUUUAUAUAAAGCUAUACAAAAUAGAAAACCAACUGCUAUGGAUAUUGCAGAACUUGAUGAAGAAUUAUUACAUCAUCUUCAACCAAUAUGUUCAAAGUUGAAUUCAUUUUUGACAAUUCCUAUACAACAUUCUAAACAGAAUCAUAUAGCUUUACUAGUUUCUUUAGUUGACAAUGAUAUUAAAAAUGAAAUUACAUGUAAAUGUGCAACGGUGCAAGAAUGUUUUAGAUUUUGUCUAGGAUUUCUUCUAAAUUCAUUUACAUGUUAUGAGGAAACUCGAUUAAAACACCAAUGUCAAAAACUACUUGCUGUUUCUAGAAAACUUUUUGUACAUUUAGGAGAAUUUUCUGAUCUAUUAAGAGAAAUAAUGGCUGAAGCCAGAAAUCUAACAAAUGCUGAACGUUGUUCUUUAUUUUUAUUGGAUCCUGAUCAACAAGAUCUAGUUGCCAAAGUGUUUGAUGGUAUUGCUAUGAAAGAAUCUGAAAUGAGAAUACCAAUAGGACAAGGCAUAGCAGGUCAUGUUGCAACUAGUGGAAAAGUGCUUAAUAUUAGAAAUGCAUAUGAACAUCCUUUAUUUUAUCGUGGUGUAGAUGAAAUAACAGGCUUUAAGACUAGAAAUAUUUUAUGUUUUCCAAUUACAGAUGAAACUGGAAUUGUAGGAGUUGCACAGCUUUGUAAUAAAAAAGAUGCAUUAUACUUUGAUGCUUUUGAUGAAGAAGUUGCAACAGCAUUUAGUAUUUAUUGUGGUAUCUCUAUAAUGCAUAGUAUUGUUUAUAAAAAAAUGCAAGAUGCUCAAGCACGAAAUAAACUUAGUAACGAAAUAAUGAUGUAUCAUAUGAAGGUGGAAGAAGAUAUUGUUCAAGAAAUAUUGCAUUGUAAGGAUGAACAUAAUAUAAAAGAUUUUAAUAAAUUUGAAUUUAGUCCUAGAUGUGUACCUUAUAAACAUAUGCCUUGUUAUACAAUCAAAAUGUUUAAUGACUUAGGUCUUAUUAAGUAUUGGAAGCUGAAAUUAUCAACUUUGACAAGAUUUAUAUUAUAUGUAAAGAAAGGAUAUAGAGAUGCGCUAUAUCAUAACUGGGUACAUGCAUUUUCUGUAGCACAUUUUGGAUACUUAUUAAUACAAAAUUUAAAUCUUAUUAAUGAGAAUUAUAUGACGCAUAUGGAAGCUUUAGUAUUUCUAGUAUCUUGUUUAUGUCAUGAUAUAGACCACAGAGGAACAAAUAAUUCAUUUCAAACUAAGAGCUCUACAGUUCUAGCUAGUCUUUAUAGUUCUGAAGGUUCUGUAAUGGAGAGACAUCAUUUUGCACAGACUAUGUGCAUUUUAAAUAAAGAAGGUUGCAAUAUAUUUGAAAACUUUAAUAGCGAGGAGUAUGGUCAAGCAUUAGAUCUACUAAAAAAUAAUAUACUCGCAACUGAUUUAGCAUGUCAUUUUCGGAUGAUGAAAAAACAAAAAGAAAUGAUUAGAGAUAAAUUUGAUAAAACUGACUCUGAACACAAGAAAUUAUUUAUCCAUAUGCUUAUGACAUGUUGCGAUCUUAGCGACCAAACUAAGCAGUGGAAAGUUUCUAAGAAAACUGCAGAAGAAAUUUAUGAUGAAUUUUUUUCACAAGGAGAUUUAGAAAAAAGUAUGGGUAGUUCUCCUAUAGAAAUGAUGGAUAGGGAACGAGCAUCUAUACCAGACUUACAAGUUCAGUUUAUUACAGAUAUAGUCCUUCCACUUUUUAUUAAUCUCUCUAUAUUAUUUCCAAUGGUACAAUCACUUGUUGAUGUGCUGAAAGAAAAUCGAGCUUUGUGGGAAGUGUCUAAAAAUAUAUUUCAAAAAUACAUGGAAGCAGGAAUGAAAGGUAUUGCUAUUCUAUUGGAUCCUACCUUUGAAGAAGAAGUAUUACAACUUUACACUCAAAAUAAUACAAAUUGUUCAAGAAAUUCUACUAAAUUAGAAUUACACAAAAAAACAAAUAGUAGUAGCAUAUGAUAGAAUAGAUACGUAAUAUUUUUACCAUGAAUUUAGAAAUUUUUAGGAUAUAAAAAUUCAAAAGCAAUAGAAAAAGGCCUACUAUAUGAAUUUAAAAAAUUUGUUUAUUAAAAGAACGCAGGCGUUCUAAAAAUAUUUAUUAUAAAAUUAUUGUAUAUUAAAAUGUUACUUAUAUUUAUUAUAGAGUAUGUAUAUCUAUAUAUGUUAUGAAUUAUAAAUAUUUUAUUCUUUAAAAAUAUGUUUCUUAAAUAUGUACCUACUUAAUAUUUAUUCAACACUUGUUUUUGAUAUAUUAUUUAUUUUAAUUGGUGGAAUUCACACGAAAAAC